ACAUAAUUACAAAAUCACAGCUAAGAUAGAUAGAAAGAGAGAGAAACAUGUAGUUCUAGUGAGAGUGAUAGGGUGGGGGGGGGGGGGGGGGGAGUCUCGUGUGCAUCCUCCUUUUUGUCACAGACAGUCUUUUAUUUAAAUAAAUAAAUCAUCACCAUUUUUAAUCAAUAAUAUUACUUUAUGUAUGUAUGUAUGUAUGUACGUGAUGGAUGUGAUGUGAUAUUUUCUUUCUUUCUUUCUUGCAUUUCCGAUGAUAAACCUAUAGAAACCAGAAACAGCAGUUUGUAUCUAUAUCUGUAUCUGUAUGAAUUAAUAUGAGUUCGAUUCAUAACACCUCCGUGGAGACGGUUAACGCUGCUGCAACCGCUAUAGUUUCUGCUGAAACUCGCCUACAACCUACCUCUGUUCAGAAGAGAAGAUGGAGCAGCUGCUGGAGUCUAUACUGGUGUUUCGGUUCUUACAAACAAAGCAAACGAAUUAGUCACGCCCUCUUAGCGCCUGAGUCAGCGCCACCCGGACCAGCACCACCCGCGACCCAAAACGCCAACAAUAACACGAUAAUAUUUCCCUUUAUCGCUCCACCUUCAUCUCCUGCAUCUUUUCUCCAAUCAGAUCCUCCUUCUGCCACAUAUUCACCAGUUGGAUUACUUUCUUUCAAAUCUCUUUCACAACAUCCCUCUUCAAUUUUCACUGUCGGUCCCUACGCUUACGAGACACAGCUAGUUUCACCCCCUGUGUUUUCUACUUACACAACCGAACCAUCUACCGCUUCCUUUACUCCACCUCCUGAGUCAGUACAAGUCACCACGCCGUCAUCGCCCGAAGUCCCGUUCGCUCAACUGCUGACGUCAUCACUUGCGCGGGCCCGGAGACAUAGUAUGGGGUCAUGUCAAAAGUUUCCUUUUUCACAAUAUGAGUUCCAGCCAUACACAGGAAGUCCAGGUGGCGGUGUGAUGUCAGCAUGCUCAACGAUUCCGAAUUCUGGUACAUCGUCUCCGUUCCCCGAUAAACAGCAUCGUGUUCUAAAGUUACGGGUCGGGGAUGGCUCGAAGUUCAUUGGUUACGAGUACUUCUCAACGCGUAAGUGGGGUUCGAGAUUGGGUUCUGAGUCGACUACACCGAAUGGUGUUUCGGGUUCAGCAACUCCGUACGGGUACGGGUUGGGUGGUUCAAGAGUGGGUUCUGGAUCAUUGACUCCAAAUGGUACUUUGACCCCAGUAGGUGCGGGCGAAAUGUACCUGAUGGAGAGUCAAAUAUCUGAGGUGGCAUCACUUGCCAACUCAGCAACUAGUUCCCCGAAGGGAGAACCGUUAGUUGAUCACAGGGUCUCGUUUGAGUUGACGCGGUUAGAUGUCGUGAGCGGUGAUGUAGCAAAUAAUGUUGAAGCUUCCUUUCGAACUUCAUCUGGACGUAACACGACUUUAAACAAAACCGAAAGUAUUUGUGAAUGCUGUGUUGGAAAGAAAAACUCGAGUGAAAUAACCGAGACACCUUUGGGUGAAGAAACUAAGGAAAAAGAAUGUCAAUGUAAACGACAAUCGGUCAGCAAAGAUUUCAAAUUCGACAACAGGAAUGGUGUGGAGUUGGGGUCCGAAAACAACUGGACUUUCUUUCCUACGUUGCAGCCAUCGGUUAAACCGAGCUGAGGUUAGUUACAAUAUGGUUGGUUGAAUGGGUUAGCCGCCAAUACGAGUUUCGUGAUCAUGUCUACUUUCUAUUGUAGCGGUUUGUAUGUAGACUUGCGCGUGUAGAAUUGUCACGAGUUAGUUCAAUUUUUACAUGUAUUAUGGAUUUAAAAUAGGAAGAUUUGUAUCUGUUAAUGGUUAUAGAAAGAUGAAGCCUACAGUUUAGAGAUCUUUCAUCAGUUCAUUGAACGUUCUUUCUUGUCAGCUGGUCUGAUACAGGUAUGUUGUAUUAAUGCUAAAUCAGCUAAAGUUCUUGUCA